GGAGAGGUGUGUUCACGCGGGACACUUGAUGGGAUGCAGAGAGGAGAGAAAGACGCUGCUGCUGAUGUUUGGAUCCUCAGCAGGUCUGAAGAGCUUUCUAGUAGACACACAGGGCUGUAGCUGACAUGAAACACAGAGCCAAACACUGAACUCCUGAUCCCUACUGACCUGUUACCAUGCCAACUCUCACAAUCCUCACAGCAACCUGAGUCCUUUGAGAAGUUGUUAGGUUUACGAGCACAUUAACAUCUGUGAGGGAUACGCUCAGUUAGCAGAGAUGGUUAGCCAGUGGGUCCCCCUUCUGAUUUCCAUGUUGCUGUUGAGGAUGGGACUUGUGGGUGGAUGUGUGUGUCCAGCAGCCACCAUUUUGUCCCAGUUUCCCUCUGAGGUUCCCGCUGACGUCUGUUGCUUGAACUUCUCUGGCUCCACUUUCAGCCACGUGCACUGGACUGUGUUUACAAAUGAUACAAACAUACAGACACUGGAUCUCUCCUCCUGUAAUAUCAGUUCUGUUAAUACUACUGGCAGGGAUACCUCAUCUUUGCAGAAGGUAUACUUAGGUCAUAAUAAACUAAAAGACUUACCAAGGGAGUUUCUUGCCAAUCAGCCAUACCUGACGAAGCUGGAUCUGAGUGGGAACUUGAUUCGGCAGCUUCCUGAAGGUUUUCUCCAGAACUCAGAGAAUCUCCAGAAGCUGUAUCUGCAAGGAAACCAGCUCCACCACCUCCCAGGCUCCAUGCUGCAGAAGCCCAGCCUGCAGACACUUGUUCUGGAUGGGAACCCCUGGGACUGCUCCUGCCUGUUACUCGAAGGCUUGGAGGAAGGCAGGAAGGUUAACAGGACCACUAAGUUUGAAGAUCUAGUGGGGAACUUGACCUGCGUGUCUCCGAGACAUCUUGCUGGCAUGACUGUCUUGUCUGUAAAACUAGCUGACGUGUGCCGGCCAGCUGGUCUCACCGCGCUCUUCAUCGUGCUCCCUCUUCUCAUCCUCUCCGCUCUGAUUCUUUGCUGGUGCUGUGGGAGGAAGAGGAAGAAAAAAGCGACACCUAUAAGCAACUCCAAAAAGAGAGCUUCCAGUUCAAGUAGCAAUGGCCAAAAGCAUCACAAAAAGCAACAACCUGUGGUUACAGUGCAGAGUAAAGAUGGACUCUGCAGAAAUGAGGGGAUCCUGAAGAACCAGCUGCUGCUACGCCCGGCAUCCACCCUCUUGGGAAGCACCAGGGACAUUUACGAAGAGGUGGUGAUUAAACUAGGCUCAGUGGAGUCUCUUCACAAAGAACGCUCAUGUUGUUCCUCCACAGAGGGGAAGCAGGGUCCACAGGAGCCUGAUGGGGUCAGUAAGACAGAGCUGGACACAGUCAGUGUGACGGAGGUGAUGAAAGACUCAGCAGACAGAGAGAAGGCUUACAUGACUCAGUCAACUGAAUACUACAGCCUGGUGCCGGGCAUUGAACUGGAGGACUCGGAUCACGGGGAGUAUGAGAACGUCAGUCUCUCAUGACACCAUCUUAAGGGAAUUCGUUUUUUUGUUUUGUUUUUUGGAUGAGAAUUAGAUAAGAACAUAUGGACCAAUUUUGUUCGUUUGAAUCCACCACAAGGGGAUGAACAGGUUUUACAUGAACACAACCAUUUUUCUGACGGAGUCAGUUGUUAUUUGUUAAUAAGUAGUAAAAGACUUUGUAUUUUCAUCCAUGCAUUUCUCACUGGCCUGAGCGAGGCCUGAAUAUUUAAAGCUUGUGAGAUAACUGCUAACUGUAACACUUGUCAGUGACAACAGUUGUCUAACCUUUUUUUAAAUGUCUUGUUUACUUCCGCCUGACAUUUUGAGUCAUUCACCAUCUGUCGAUUCAUUUCACUCAUCAAAAAGGGGGGGCAUUCAGCUGAGCUACAUAGCUUACUCCUAAGGUAGCAUCAGGCUAACUCAGCAGGUGGGACAUCAUGUGUUUGAAAUGAAUUUGUAAAAUCAAGUCUUGUCUCAUAAACUGCCUGUAAACCAUCUCUUGGAGCCUAUUCUGACAGUAGAGAUAAAGAAGUUGAACAAGCUAAUUAGCUAGGAUGUUGUCCUCUAUUGAACUCCCUUUUCCUUAUAGGUUAGCACCGCAGCAGCAGCUAGCUAAAUCACAUUGGCCUUUUACUGUAUAAGGCAGGUAUUCAACUUUGAAUAUGACCAGACUUGCACAUUAUCCCUGCACUAACCCUUAUGCUAGGAUAAGUUUACUAUCUCUUGGCUCCAACUUUAUCCUUAACUCACAAAAGCGGUGUACUUAUCUUGUUAUCUUAUUCUCAGUAAGAACCUUAAAAGCAUGUUUCCCCAAAUAUCAAAUGAUUCCCUUAAAUGGACCAAAGGGAGACACUGUGUGUUUAAGUGUGUGUGUUAGUGGUGUGUUUGUGUGUAUGUGUUAUCUACUGAUACAAGGAUAGCAUGGUCCAACCACUGUAGUAUCACAAUGUAAGAGGAAGUGAUUUAAUACGGAGCUUUUCCUGUGGGACCUGAGGAACGCAGUGACGGCUUGAAAGGGAGGCACUUCUUUUUCUCUCUCUGGAAAAGCUAUUUUAAAGACAAAUGCAAAAAGGGCAUUUUUUUCUAUUUAUGCUGCACUCAGUGCAAAUGUACUCUCAACAAUGUUUUCACGUCCAUAACCAUGAACCACACAUUUUAAUGACUACCUGUUUUAGGUCAAGCAAGCUUUUGUAUCUGCUCGUUUACCUCACCCAAGUGCAAUUGUUAAAUGCAUUCCAGUUUGACGUGUUACUUAUUAUGCUAAAAACAGGAUGCUCUGGAUCAAACUCACCUUAUGCUGCACAUCCAGAAAUGUAAGUGCUGAAACAAUGACUAAUCCCAUUGCCAUGCUUGUUGUUAAUUCAACAUGAAAUGUGGAUAGUAAAACCAAGAUGAGAAGUAUCAAAUGAUGUCAUUGUUAAACAAGGGUUAAGGACAUAUGCUUGUUAGUGCACUACAUCACAUGCUUAAUUGUGCAUAGGUUUGAAAAUACCAGCGUGGUCAGACUAAUGCUGGUGAAUGCAGAUGUCAGAUAAAGAAAAUCUCUGCUUGUUCAGCAGACAGAAAGGACAAUGCACUAAAGGCCAUAGAGGAGAUGCAAGUUGUAGACACUUGAUCAUUAUCUAAGACAAUGAAAAGAGACUUAACAUCUCCCUCUUGCUGGCUCUGAAUGUUAAGUUGUUUGUGUUCAGUGAGAGAGGGUGCAGCUUUGAGGGUGGGGACCUUCCUGUGAGUUUAAAUAACUGAGGUGUUGUUUCCAGACAAGAGUUUCACAUACUUUCCAUCAAAGCUUUAUUCAUUUAUCUUGUAAAGUUCACUACUUUCCAAAUGCAAAAAAAAAAACCCUGAGGCCACAAUACAAACAAAAAAAACCCUGAGGCCACAAACAAAUACAACAAGUUGUAUUUUGUACAACUCCUGCACUCACAUUGUAUUAUUAAAAGCAUGUUUGCUUCAUUUGUGUAUCUCUAGCUACAUUAUAUAGGCUCUGAUGUUUAAUUGUUGUUGUUACAACUGAGAUUCCCUGUUUUGCUCACCACAUGAGCAGUUUACAAUGAAAACAGUAACAUUUAUAUUUUUUAUAUGGCAAAGAAGAGGCAACUAAAGCAAGCUUCUUGUUUCUACUCAGUCACAUAUGCUUAAAUUACUGGCAGAUUUCAUGAGCUGUGCAGGCUAAGUUAGCUGAAAACACUUUCUCAGGCUGGCUUUUCAACAUUGAAAAAUAUAUUUUUUAAUUAAGAUGAAUUGUUAGCUAGCUAUAACAUACAGCUAAAAAAGUAUGCUAUGUUAUGUUAGCUUAUACGUACAUUAGGCCUACAUGUUGAUAUCUAUAGUGUAGCCUAUAUUUUACUUAAACCAAUACAGAGGCUUUUAUUAGUAGCCUAAUGUUUUCCAGAAACAUAAGCCAUAAGAACUGCUAACAAGCUUAGCUGUAACCCCACACACUAAUGUAUGAAGUUGUCGAUACACUUUUGAGGGAGAAAUUCUACUCUAGCUGUUUAAGCUAGUUAGCAGAAAAUGCUAAUGCCAGAAGAACGCCUUUAAAGCAGUUUUACUUUUGUUUGUGUUUUUGGUUUAAAAAAGGCCAAAGAAAAAAGAAACCAUCCUACAAAAUCUUUAGAUACAAAAUAUUUCUCCUUCUUUAGCAUCAAAUACAUUUGGAAAAAAAAUACUUGACUCCAAAAUGGGUUGAGCUAAGGCUUUUUAAGCGGGCAUAAUACAUUCUUCCUCUUUACUUCAACAUUAAUUUUACAUUGAUUAAAAGUUGAUAUAUAGUAUGAAAACGGCUGUGAAACAAAUUUUAGAAAUUAGGAACUAUUCAAAUUUAAAAAGUUGUAACUGGUUGUGUCAAUGGUUAAAAAUAGAAUAAUCAUCCAAUGAGUUUUAUACAUUUCAGACCAAAAGUUCAGACUACUGCUGUAACAUAGUAGGGUGAAUUAGCCAAAUGUGGGACACUGCCUAAUGUGGGACACCUAAGCUCAGGUGGGUGUAGGUCUUCCUACAACAAAUGAAAGUCAAUAAAACUAAGGGUUAACACAAGUUGUGAUAUCAUGUGAUCAAAAUAACAUGACUUCUCAAAUGUCCAAUCAGAGAUUAGAAUGAUACAAGCUUCAAAUAUGAAGUACACAGCAUAAAGACCACCCAAAGGUCAGGGACAUACUGUUUAGACAAACUUAAUGUUAAGGAUAUACAUUUCUUAUAAAUAAAACAAUCCUACUUUUUAUUAUCUGGAUGUUUUUAUGAUAUGCUUGUUCAUCAAAAAAUAUUAUAUUUUGUUUUAAAUAAAUUCUAUAAUUGUUAUUUUCAAUUAAAAUUCCCUUUGUCCCACUUUAGGAAACAUGUUUCCUAAAGUGGGACAGUAUGACUUGCCUAAUGUGGGACAGUUUUUUGCAUUCAAAUAUGCUUAUUAUGAUUGUAUGCGUUUCCUGUUUAGUGGAGCUAUUUGUUGACUUAUUGGUCGUUUUUCCCUGCUGAAUGACAUAUUUUUAAGAAACCUUAGUACAUCUCUGGUGAAGAUAUGAUUAAAUUGGUUAUGUUGCAUAUUUCUAUGUGGAAAAACCCAGUUUUGAAGACUUGUCGAUCAAUUAAUCAACUAGUCAACAAAAUAGUAUUGGUGUUAGUUGGCUAAGAAUUUAUUUUAUUCAGGACAAACGUAUGGAAUAGAAAAUAUUUUAACAUUUUAACAUAGUAACAUUGCAAUUCUUUAAAUAAAUUAAUGCAUAAAAUGUUCAUUACAUUCUGCUUUCUCUGUAUGUCAGAUAUGGUGAUAUAAUAGCCUAUUGUCUUUCUACUAAAUGCAUCAAAACUAUUAUUGUCCUUUUUUAGUGUUUUGUAACACCAAUAUCAUUGUAAGUGGUAAAAUUACAGAACACUGGAUUGCACAUUUUAGACUUGAGUGUGACAGACUUGAGAGGUUUUCAUACUUGAAAUAAGGUGAUUUAGGCCUUUUAACAUAGACUUUUCAGUGUCCCACAUUUAGAACAGCACUGUCCCACAUUAGGAAAUGCAGAUUGUCCGAGACAAUUUGGCACGACACACAAAGACUACUGAUGUGUAUACUAUUUCUUUAAUGAGUGUGCUAACUGGAUUUUCUCUUUGGGUUUGAUUAGGGGACAUCCAGGGGAUUUCAGAGUGGUACUGGGUGUGGAUUUAAUGUAUAGCUUCAUGUUGCAAUACAUCCUAGAAGUCUUAAAUGCAAAAAUUGUCCAACAUUAGGCGAAUUCACCCUAGGUAUUAGCAUAAAUAUUACUUCUUUGUGAAACAAAAUGGGUAUAAAGUGUUGUACCUCUCAAAGCACUGAUUUCAACAUGUUUAUACAGACAGGUGCACUAUUCAAUUGUUUUUUAUACAAAAAUAUGAUAAUUGUUGAACAACAAUAAAUGCGUUUGAUUGAUA